CGCCCAUCCACAGACACCAUGCCCUCCGCAUCGUCCUCCGAUAUGCACUCUGCUUCAGCUGACGGCGUCGACUACCCCCUCGCCCCCGACGAUAGAACGCGCGAUGCCGUCCAUACCAUCGUCAGCGGUCGCAAGAGUUGGAAAACUCUAAAAGGAAAAGGUGAAGCCGUAUGGCCUCCUUACCUCGAGGCCGCUCUCGUCGAAGCUCUCGACAGAUAUCGCCCAGAAACGUCGCGUUCGACCAGGUCCUUGAGCCGUUUCCCAAACCGGAACAGGUUCAUCUCGGACUAUAUCUUCCAUGUCACCGGCAAGCGUCGGACAGCGAAGCAGGUCGGGAGCCGACUCCAACAGCUCCGGGACACCUGCGGAGGGAAACGCAUCCUCAAACUCCUCUCGAAUCGGGACUUUUCCUCCAUCGAUGACUCCCUCGAGUCCUCCUCGCCCUCUCACGGCUCUCCAGACCACAUCGCGUCCUCGACAUUGAUUGCCAAUGGGUCCCUCCAACCCAUCAUCAAGCCCUCCCGCGCCCUCGUCCACAUCGACGUCCUCCCCGCCAACGCAUACUGGUGUCCCUCUCCCUCCUCCUCCCUCUCCGACGCUCUCUCCGGCGUCAUCGGCUCCGGCGGCAUCGUCACGCCCCCGCUCUCGCCCUCCUCUACCCACCACAACCGUCACAGCAGCAGUAACGGCGGGAAUCCAGCCUCCGGCGCCGUGAGCGUGUUCAAGUCCUCCAAGGCAAGGCCAUUGCGGGCGAUCGACCCGACGGUGACGUUCACGAGCACGACGCUCAUGGAUACCCGGAGCUCGUGCUCGGUGUAUUUUAAUGGGAAUUGUAUACAUACGGAGAGCACGGAGAUGCAUUGUUCGUCGUUGCAGGAGAAUGUGACGUCGUCGUAUAUGUACCGAGCGAGCCUCGUGCCGCAGUUCUGGGUACGGCUUUGUGAUUCGAAUGAACCGGGCAGAUACUCCAUCGUCCAAGAAAUCAUCCAAGCCUCCACCGGCUCCUCACCCACCUCCGAACACGUCCUCCUCACCGUCGUCUACCAGCUCACCGAACCCAUCACCACCACCACCACCGCCUCCUCCUCUUCCUCUCCCUCAUACGCAUACGGAGAUGGAGGAGAUUGCACCUCCCCCGCUCCGUCCUCGCGCUCGUCGAAUUCAGGCUCUGGAGGGUCAAGAUCGAGUUCGGGAUCGGGAUCGGGAUCGGGGAUGAUGAGCCCUGUUGAUAUGUUGGGACGGAAUACGACGUUUGAGCUGUUGCCGUGUAAUACAUCCUCAUUCAUGAACGCCGUGAACGACCUCCCAAUCACCCCCGUCAGCGCCACAUUCAGCGAUCACCCCGGUUCUGGCCCCCACCCGAACUCGCACUCGCACUCUCACCCGCAUCCGGCGCAUCACCUCUCGACGUCUGGGCCAGGUUUUUCUCGCUCGCAUUCGCAUUCGGGGCCGCUCGGGCAUUCGCACUCGCAUUCAGGAUCACUCGGGCACUCGCAUUCGGGAUCACUCGCGCACUCGUUGCCCAGUGGCGGACUUGCUACGCUGGGAGACGACGCGUAUUUCCCUUCGUUCGAUGAUAUGUCGAGUUUCGGAACUAUUUCGUCGGAUUAUACGACCUUUGGGGGCGGCCUUGGGGUUGGUGGUGGGAUCGGGCAGUGGGGUGGGGGUGGGUAUUCGCCUGCUUCGUCGUUUGAGUGAGUUUGAGUCGAGUCGGGUGGGUGGGGGGAUGGAAGGAAGGAAGUUGUGGUUUGCUAUAUGUGUUUAUCUUUCGUCGUCGUUGUUGUUGUUGUUGUCGUUGUCGUGCUCGCCAAUUUGCAUUUAUAUUAUGGACUGUAUGGACUCUCUCUGCUUGCUCUCCCUGAUUGUAUCGUUACCUAUGCUAUCCUAUGUCCUCCUAUGUCUUCUGUCCUCUGUCUCCCUACAAGCCCCCCUGCUCUGCCUGUCUGCCUGCCCCGUCUGCUCGUACCCACCCAUCGAUGUGUCUCUACUUUUAUCCUAGUAUACCUAUACCUAUACGAUAGUUCGUUUUGUUUGUUCGCUUGUUCGUUUGCUUGUUUGCUUGUUUGCUUGAUCUUCCUUCUUGGCUCCGUUUCUCGUCGCCUGACAAAAGCUUGUUGUCGUUUCGUUUUUGCUUGCUUAGGUUUCUGGUUUUGUUUGCACUUGCACGUUUUUGGUUUCGCCUUCGUUCUCCUCUGGGAGCUCUUAGCUGCCUCGUUAGCCCGUGUUGCUUACUCCACGCUCAAUCACAAUCGCAUUUCCUUUCUCAGUUUCUCGUUCUGUAUAUCCCCCCUCGCUCAAAUUUCGUUCCCAG